UGAUAAAAUUCAAGGGAGAAAGUUUAAUUUAGUAAAGUCAACUUUCUUAGCAUAUAAACCAUUCACAGACAGCAACAAUGCCAGCCACCAAAGUUACAUGGGAAUCAAUCCAAGGACAAGAACACCCUGUUCUUUCUCCAGCCUUUGUCAGCAACGGUCACGUCUUCACAUCCGGUAUUAUUGGCUCAAACUACGCUACAGGUGAAACCCCAGAAGACCUUGAGGAACAGGUCCACUUGGCAAUCAAGAACCUAGAAAAAGUGUUGGUUGCAGGCGGUUCUUCUCUUGACAAAGUCUUCAAGGUGACUAUGUUCAUUUCACACGCAAACUACUCCAGCACCGUCAACAAGAUCUACGGCCAGUACUUCCCACAAAAGCCAGCACGCUCUUGUGUUGUUGUGGCUUUCAUGGAUGCUGCCAUCAAGUACGAACUCGAGGCAGUUGCAACCUUAGAUUAGCUGGUCAGUCUAUCACUAUCACAGGAAAAAAAAAGAGAGCCUCUGUAGCCGUUGUGUGUAUAUACCUUUUCUUUUCAUAACUAUUUACCUAUCCAACUUGUCACUAAUUACUAUCUUAUCCACCACCACAACCAAUCACACCGACGGACCCUCCGCUAUCAGCUCACAAACGACUCUUUUCUCCCCCACCGUCCCCCACCACCUUCCUUUUUUGUCACUGAUAACGAAAAAGGUGCGGCUAUAAUUGGUGCCUCAGUUUCCGGAAGGCGUGAACCAUUUGAUAAGCUGUCCGGAAAACUAAGUAACAUGUGUAUCCAAGGUUUAGGACAGAUUAUUUGUACUGCCACGAGGUAAAAGCGGAUGUCCUUAAGGUGUAGUUGUAGCAAAUAUUUAGGCUUUGAAAGUGCCAUUUCAGGUGCACAAUCAGG